UUUCUGCUGGCGAGCACAGCUCUGUGAGGACCAUCCCUGCACGUGUCCCUGCAGGGGGAGGGUUUGGUGGCUGUGGGGCUGGGCAGGGUGCAGCCUGCAGGACACCCCUGUCAGCGCCGCAGUCACCCCGUGGCUCUCCUCCUGCUGGUUUUCCGGCCCCCCCGGUUUCCUGCUGAGGGGCAGCCGGGUGUAAGCCCAGGAGGCACAGAUUUCUCUGGUUAGGCAAGGCCAGGCAGCCUCUCCCCUUUCGCUUUCAGCUGCCUCUUCUUCCCCUUCCCCGGGCAGCCCCAGCAUCCGCAGGGCCAUGGAGCGCAGGGACCGCGAGCCCCUGGUGAGGAAAUCCAGCUCCUCGUACCGCACCUUCCCCGAGAGCGCUGCCAGGAGGCUCGACAAGGAGUACCUGAGGAGCCUCCACAACAGGCGCCUCUACCUGGCUGUGUUUGCUGCUGUCCUGGGCAACUUCAGCUUCGGCUUCGCCCUGGUUUAUCCCUCCCCCGUCAUCCCUGCCCUGGAGGCUCAUCCCAGCCCCGCGCUGAGGCUGGACCAGCACACAGCGUCCUGGUUCGGGUCGGUGUUCACGCUGGGAGCGGCGGCGGGCGGGCUCAGCACGAUGCUGCUCAACGACUGCCUGGGCCGCAAGCUGAGCAUCAUGUUCUCGGCCCUGCCCUCGGCGCUGGGCUACGCGCUGCUGGCCGGAGCCCAGGGCCUCUGGAUGCUGCUGCUGGGCCGGGUGCUGACGGGCUACGCCGGCGGGGUGACCUCCGCCUCCAUCCCGGUUUACAUCUCGGAGAUCUCCCACCCGGGGGUCAGGGGGAUGCUGGGGGCCUGUCCCCAGAUCAUGGCAGUGCUGGGCUCCCUCGUCCUGUACGCUCUGGGGCUGGUCCUGGACUGGCGCUGGCUGGCCGUGGCCGGGGAGGUGCCCGUGCUUGCCAUGGUCCUCCUGCUCUGCUUCAUGCCCAACUCGCCCCGGUUCCUGCUCUCCCAGGACAAGGAGGAGGAGGCCCUGGGCUCCCUGUGCUGGCUGCGGGGUGAGGACACAGAUUAUGGCCGGGAGUACGAGCAGAUCAAGGACAGCCUGAGGAAGCAGAGCCGUCGGGUUUCCUGUGCUGAGCUCAAGGACCCCUUCCUUUACAAGCCCAUCCUGAUUGCGGGGGGAAUGAGGUUCCUGCAGCAGCUCUCGGGGGUCACCUGCAUCCUCGUGUACCUGCAGCCAAUAUUCAAGAGAACAUCUGUCAUCCUGCAAGCAGAGUACGAUGCAGCUCUGGUUGGCCUGGUGCGUCUGUCUGCGGUGGCCAUCGCUGCUGUGUCCAUGGACAAAGCUGGGAGGAAGAUUCUCCUGUUUGUAUCAGGUAUGGCUCUCUCCACUCCUCCUGUCUUGCCAAGGGAAGCUCUUAUUGAAGGAUUUUCAGGAGCUCUGCGAGUGCAGGAGUGGAAACUUCAGCCCUACAGGGCUCAGGGAGGGAGGCAGGGAGGUCUCUUUCCCUUGGUGGUGGUUCAGCUCCUCAGCAGGGCAUUCCCAGGAGCUUGGCAUGGAGAGGAUCACCCACCCAUCAUUCUCACUGUGCUGCUGCCUCUCUCCACAGCUGGUGUCAUGUUGGUCUCCAACCUGACCAUGGGGCUCUACAUCCACUUUGUGCCAGCUUCUCACAACGGCACCGUGGCCAACACCACCCUGGUGGGCUCUGCCACCCUCCCUGCUGAGCCAACAAACUACAUCACCCUCAUCCCUCUCCUGGCAACCAUGUUCUUCAUCAUGGGCUAUGCCAUGGGCUGGGGCCCCAUCACUUGGCUGCUGAUGUCGGAGAUCCUCCCUCUCAAAGCCCGUGGGGUCGCCUCGGGCCUCUGUGUGGUCGUGAGCUGGCUGACAGCCUUCACCCUGACCCAGUUCUUCCUCCCAGUCGUGAACGCCUUUGGCCUCGAGGUGCCCUUCCUGUUCUUCGCUGUCAUCAGUGCUGGGAACAUCUUAUUCACAGGCUGCUGUGUCCCUGAAACCAAAGGCAGGUCCCUGGAGCAGAUCGAGGCCUUUUUCAGGACUGGCCGGAGGUCAUUCCUGAGGUAGGAGCUGCCCUUGCCCAGGCUGAGGGCAAAGCAAACUUGUGCUGCUGGAAGUGGAGGCUGGAGCUCCCUGAGGGAGAGGAAGGGGCAGCAAAGAUCAUCUUGCUCUGGCUGUAGAAGUUGCCAGCUGGAACUUCACCUUCUCCUCCUGUCACACAACACUACCUGUCAACCCUUGGGAUGGGAGCAGGUCACCAGCAGGGCCAGGCUGGAGAUAAAGGUGUCCUGGAAGAACAAGUGUGGACAGGAGGCCAUGGUUGCCCUUUGCUCAGCAGCCUGAGGGCUUGGCUGGAGCUGAGUUUACAGCUGGAGCUGUUCUGGCAAGAGCUCAUCAUGUAGCUGCAAGAAUAAAACAGUUUUGCCUCCAA